AUGACUUCCACAGCAGGUCGCCUGGCCCAUCAGCAGCAGAGGAAGCGUGGAGUUGGUACCAAGCAGUUUGCUGUGAAGUUCCACCAACAAGACUAUGAGACUCUACAUCAGCAGUGUGUGGAGAGAGGACGCCUCUUUGAGGACGACCGCUUUCCGGCUGAGUGCAAGUCACUAGGCUACAAUGAACUGGGUCCAUACUCAUCUAAGACCAGAGGAGUAGUUUGGAAGAGACCAAUGGAACUAUGUUCUAACCCUAUGUUCAUUAAUGAUGGAGCCACAAGGACGGACAUUUGCCAAGGAUCUUUGGGUGACUGUUGGCUGCUGGCUGCUAUCGCUUCGCUGACCCUAGAUCAGCGGAUUCUGGCACGCGUGGUGCCACCUGGACAGAGUUUCACUGAGGGAUACGCAGGGAUAUUUCACUUCCAGUUCUGGCAGUUUGGCGACUGGGUUGAUGUGGUGGUAGAUGAUCGUUUGCCCACCCGAGACGGGAAGCUGCUGUUUGUUCAAUCAGCCGAGGGCUCAGAGUUUUGGAGUGCACUGCUGGAAAAGGCCUAUGCCAAAGCAUGUGGCUGCUACGAGGCCCUGUCAGGUGGAAACACAAUCGAGGGCUUCGAGGAUUUCACCGGGGGGAUUGCCGAAAUCUACACUUUGGACAAGCCUCCAUCUCAGCUCUUCCAAAUCAUACGGCGGGCGCUGAAGCUAGGCUCUCUGCUGGGCUGCUCUAUCGAUAUCACCAAUGCCUAUGAGAAAGAGGCUACUACAAAUCUCCAACUUGUUAAAGGACAUGCAUAUUCAGUGACUGGUGCAGAAGAGGUUCACUUUCGAGGCACACUGGUUCCACUGGUUCGCAUCAGGAACCCAUGGGGGAAGGUGGAGUGGGCCGGGCCUUGGAGUGAUGGAUCCAGCGAAUGGAAAUAUGUCAAUAGACAAGAUAAGUCCAAACUGAACCAUGUCGCUGAGGAUGGAGAGUUCUGGAUGUCCUACUUGGACUUCAUCAGACAGUUCAGCAUGUUGGAGAUCUGCAACUUGACGCCCGAUACGCUCAGGAGCGACAACAUUGGACACUGGAACCACUACCAGUUUGAGGGGAUGUGGCGGGUCGGAUCAACUGCAGGCGGCUGCCGCAAUAACCCUGCGACCUUCUCAUCCAACCCUCAGUUUGUGGUGCGUCUGGAAGAUGUGGACGAUGAUUCUCUGGAUGGGGAGGAUGUAUGCACCUUUCUAGUGGGACUGAUGCAAAAGGAUGGACGCAGGCAACGGAGUCUCUAUCGAGAUCUUCAGACAAUUGGCUUUUCUAUCUAUGAAGUCCCAGACGAGUACAAAGGUCGUAGAAAUGCUCACCUGGGGCCAGAUAUCCUGCUGCGUCAGAGAGCUGUGGCCAUGAGCAGUACCUUCAUCAAUACCAGAGAAGUUUGCGAUCGCUUUAGACUUCCUCCAGGGGAAUAUGCCAUCGUUCCUUCAACCUUCUAUCCUCACAAAAAUGCCAGCUUUGUUCUCAGAGUGUUCGCUGAGAAACAAGCUUCCAUCAGUCAAUUGGAAGAGGACAUUGGUGCUGACAUAGAGGAGCAGGAGGAGUUAUCAGAAAGUGAUAUGGAUCCUCAUUUCAAGUAUCUCUUCAAGCAGAUUGCCGGCAGAGACACAGAGGUUUCAGUCUAUGAAUUGGUAAAAAUUCUGAACAAUGUGGUUUCACACAGGACUGAUAUCAAGACAGAUGGCUUCAGCCUUGCGACAGGCCAUCUUAUUAUCAGUCUACUGGAUAAGGAUGAAAGCUCCAUGUUGGGACUGAUGGAAUUCCACAAACUAUGGAGCAAAAUUCAGAAAUACUUGGAGAUCUUUAGAAAACAUGACCAAGACAACUCUGGCACCAUGAGCUCCCACGAGAUGAGAGGUGCUGCCACUGAAGCAGGUUUUCACCUCAACAGUGCUGUGCUGCAGGCCAUUGUCAGUCGCUACGCCGAUGCUCACUAUGCAAUCGACUUUGACAGCUUUGUAGGUUGUCUCAUUAAAGUGGAACUGCUCUUCAAAAUGUUUAAGGUUCUGGACCGAGCAGAUUCUGGGAAAAUUGAGCUGGAUAUGCAGCAGUGGCUGUGCCUGGCAAUCAACUAGCUGGGGAGACCACACAAGCAAGGAACGUGUGUUGUUAUUCUUGUUACUUUUACUGUACUUUGG